GUCCUGGUUCUUCACUAUUAGUCAAUCUAGUGAUUUGACCAAUAGCGAAGGAGUGAACCGCAUGAACCGAUUGAACCGGAUUUGUGCAAGUACGCCAUCUGCAUAGGAAUAGACGCCAAUGCAGCUUUCAGUUGCUCUGCUCUUCUUCGAUGCAUCAAUCUUUUGCUGCAAAGUUCCUGGUCUUCAUGUGCUGACUAAACCCCCUCAUUUAACCUCGGUACUACAGAUGCUUUCGCUGUGGAGGGUUGCUUCUGAUCUAUGGGCAUAAAUGUUCUGAUUAUCUCGCCAUAUUAUGUAUAUCCCGGUUGACCGUGAAACUAAGUUCCGUUUGCCUGUUCCCAAUGAGGAUGGCGACUUGCGUGAGCAUCGUAUCGUCAAAUGCAUCGCUUCGAAUAGGGAGAAGAUGUUUAUGGCCAUAGUGACUUCGGAUUGUAUCUAUAUAUGGCUCGCUUAUCCUCAACUCCUUUUGUGUACGCUGCGAAUAUCAGCCGGCGACGUAAUCGAAAGGGGGACAUUGAACAAAGCCUACUGGAAUUAUGAUUCCUCACAUAUAGUGAUAACGACCUCGCGUAACAAUCUCCUAAUAUACAAGGUGAUUGUCUCAAGUGAAAACUGCUACAACCUCAUCGACCCCCCUGAUGCACAUUUUCGGCGAAGCUCGCAAGAGCUGUUUCUUCGAGGACCUCGUCCUUCUUUAACUUUAUCUCCCUCAAUUGUUAUCAAUUUGGCUUCAUCUGCUACUUGUUGUGUUCCACUCCGCGAAGAGUUGUUUGUUUGUUUACGGAAUGGAUUCAUUCAUCACAUAUCCUGGGACGGCCAAGUAAGCGCAGAAUACUCCAUCAGACUUCCAGCCGUCCCUUUCGCACACGACCAGCUGCAAUCGAAACCUGACUUUGUCACCGACCAGAAUGCUCACGUGGUAGAUGCAGUCUAUGCACCGCUCGUGGGUGGAUACUGCAUAGUUUUGUCAGAUGGUCGCGCUGCAUUACUCACAUCAUCCGACUCACGAUUUCAUCCGAAUAGUGUUCUCGGUGUUUGGGCGCUAAAUAUGAAAGAUGCAACAUGCACUGAUGUGAAUCACAAAUUCCGACUACUGACGUUUGGCUGCGCGAACGGAGACGUAGCUGCAUAUCAUCUGGAUGAUGCUGAUGGGUCACUUAUUCAAACAUUUCGAGUUGCCCUCAAGGUGCAGAAUGGCCCAGAUGUUGCCAAUCGGGUAGGCAGCGUAUCUGGAAUAAAAGUGCUGAGUAAUGGAGGUGCAUUCGUUGCCGUAUGGUCUUCAAAAGUAAUGCAGAGUAAUGGAUCUGAUACGGCAGCUCAUUUACCUCCAACAUUAGCUGUAUUCACGCCAUUCGGUACUCAGACGUGGUGUUCUCUAGAAUCUGUCGCUGAUAGCGAUGGUGCUCCCUCGAUUUCAUACACAUCGGUUGACUGGGGACCUGAAGGGUAUCAUUUAUGGUUGGGACGGAGCGACGGAUUAGCCAUUUUACCUAUGGCUAGAUCGGCUGCGUUAUGCAACCCUAUCAUGGAUCAUGCAAGUUACGUCGUAUUAAUGUGUAGCUCGAGAAUCCUCAUCAGUUCGAAUCGUGAGCGUGAAAACAACGCCAGCGCUCCACAUGCUGUCUGGUCUACUCACAAUCCACCACACGAGUAUGUCGCCUCAAACUGGCCUAUACGAUACGCUGCUGUCGAUCAGGACUGUGCCAAAACUCUUGUAGUGGCAGGGCUCCGUGGUUUAGCACAUUGUACGCUGCCGGCAGGCAGGUGGAAGAUCUUUGGCAACGAAAGUCAUGAAGCUUCGCUAAUGGUGACCGGUGGAGUGCUCGUGUGGAAGGGAACUGUUGGUACUGCUUGCUACGAUAUAGAUCUGUCUCGAGAACAGUUGCGAUUUUAUCCUCUGAACAAAAAGCUCGACAAUCGCUAUGCUUCCGUACAUAAUUUGGAAUGUCGUGUGAUCAUGAUGUCGUUCAGGAGCGAUGCUUUGGUAACAUUUGACAUUGACGGAAGGAUAAUUAUGCACCAUAUGUCGAAAAAGGCUUCUAGUGGAGAGGAUUACAUCAGAGUUUCAGUCGAAAGGAUUGCUGAGAUACGCGUUGGCGAUUUAGUGACACAUCCCGCAUGUCUGGUGUCAAUACACCUGACGCAGCUGAGUCUAGAUUCAUCAGCAUUAUGUUUUUUCCCUGGAGUUGAUACGGUUCUUAUCAACGUAUCCGGUCGGUUACUAACGCUGAAUCCUAGUAAAUCUACGAAAGACGAUUCCGAAGAGCAGUUCCAGCUGAGUCAACCGAUUAUGGUAGCGUCUUUUGUCGAACAGAUUUGGCAUUAUCGAGCAGUUACUGAUGAAGAACCUAAAGGACUUCCUCAUCUAAUCAAUGCCUUAUGGAUCAACUGCGGAUCGCGUGGCAUGAGGGUUUGGUUGCCGCUAGUGUCUGCACGACGUAAUAUGACUACACAGGACACAUCUUUCAUCUCCAAGAGAAUAAUGCUGCCUUUUGAGUUGGAUAUCUGUCCAUUAGUCAUCUGUUCCAACGAUUGCCUUGCAAUUGGAGUUGAAAGCUUACCAAUGUCCUUUCACAAUGGUGCUAAGCGUACGACAGUGCUGUAUAGUUUACAUCGAAACAGUGAAGUGUUCGCCCAUCACAUUCUGCGACAGCUACUUAAGAGGAAUCUAGGCGUAUUUGCGUUGGAAGUAGCUGCUGCUUGUCGUGAUCUGCCACACUUUGCGCACUCUCUCGAGUUGCUUCUUCAUGGAGUAUUAGAAGAAGAAGCCACGAGUAGUGAACCAAUACCUGAUCCCCUGCUACCCAGAUGCGUUGCAUUCAUCCAAGAAUUUCCGGAGUUUCUGCGCACUGUUGCUCAUUGUGCUCGAAAAACUGAAUUGGCAUUGUGGUCUUCACUGUUCUCAGUCACUGGUUCACCGAAUGAUUUGUUCGAGGUUUGCAUCCGCGAUGGUCAGUUGCAUACAGCUGCUAGCUAUUUGAUUGUUUUGCAAAGUAUCGAAAGUGCGCAGACAAGUCAAGAGCAAGCGUUGCGGCUUCUGCGAGAGGCGCUAUCUGCUGGUGAGUGGAGCAUUGCAAAGGAUAUGGUACGUUUUACGCGAGCCAUAGGAUCGGAAGACAUGGAUAGCCCUGCAAGAACCCCACCUCCUUCUAAAACGUCAUCUCGUCGACAUGCAGCCUCAAUCAACAGCGUAGCGGAAGCGGAUGAUCUCGUCUUUGCACGAUUCCAAGCGGCUGGAAGAGUUUCGAAAGUUCGGCACUCACAUGCAGACUCCCGCGAUGCCACUAGAAAGGAUUCAUCUGGAAGCACUGGAAAACGAACUGCAGCACGGGCUGUUUCUAAUGAUAUGGCGCCUCCGUCUCCAACUCAAAUUAAUCCAAUAGCUGAGAAGAUGAAUACUAUCCUUGAUGGGCAUGCUGUUCAUUUAUUAGAUGAGUACUGCAUUAGGGAUCUUGGUUUCUUUGUGACUGCUUUGGAACUCGAUGUUUCCCGUGUUCUGUCUGCAGCCAAGCGAAAGCCGGUGCAGGAUUUUUCCCUCGCCCUUACCCGCCUACAUUCUCAGUUUUCCUGGCCCUAUCCUGUAGCAAGCAAGAAAGUUGUGGAUCAGUUAGAGAAAAAGCUUGGAAGUAUGCGCUGUAGCCAAAGUGCGCUUUCGUUGAACGGAACGCAGCCGAAUGAUGUCACAAAAUCAUCACGACAGAUCAUUCCGAUGAGUACAAGCAGUUCCAAGGAGAAAACUACAGGUGCAAUGAGUUGUAGUUCUCAGUCUGACGUAAUGAUUGAGGAUGCACAGCUCAUGCCUGUUCGCGAGAAUGGGAAUCAUGAACUACCGUGCUCCACACUAGGUUCGCCUUCCAGUAGUAUGACGCAUUUUCUUGACACACCUGAUGGCAAAAGUAUCAGUACGGAUCAGUGGCAAGAUGUGAAUUUAUUGGUUGGAGAAAAUCCAAAUCGUGGCUCUGCCGACAGUUUAGCGCAGAUAUCACAGCUGAUCUCGUGGUUUUCUAGUUCUGGUUGCAUAGACUGGGUGUUUUUGUUAUGCGUUGUUUCUCGAGAUAUAGUACGAUUACGAACUGAAGUUAAUGCAGACACAGUGCGGAAAACGGGACUGGAUGCGCUAAAGCAAACUCUGAAAGGCUGCAGGGAACUUGUGGACUGGGCUGCACAGAAUUGUCUUGGCUAUGUAUCAAUUCUGCAUGUGUUCAUGGCCUAUCUCGAUAUAGUGGCAGAAGCUGUUGGUUUGCCGAAGCAAGCAGCCACGAAAGAUAAUUCUUCACCUCAUGUUACACCCGCUGUCGUCAAAACACCUUCAUUCAAAUUAGCCUCACCGCCAUCGGGUGGCUCAUUACGAGCCCAUCGUGCCAUAGCUAACAGUGCUAAGCUAAACGAGACUUUCGGACUACCUGGACGACGUGGACGCGAGCGUAGCCGUUCUGUGGAUCGGGCUGAUUAUAUCGUAGGAUCGACGGACCACGAAAAUGAAUCAUGCAUCCGCUCCAGACCUGCGUUUCCCGUUACUCUGGCUUUGACUUGUCCUUCAUCAUGGCUGCAUCGCUUUGCAGCACCGCAUCCUCCUUACCGCGGAUGGAAAGUGAGCUUCUCCAUCCGUGUUUACACAAAUAUCGGAGAACGCUUGGUCAGAACACGAUGGUGCAACCUUAAUACUGGGAUGAGCUUGAACAAUGGUUGUGGAAGGCGCUUUAUUUGCUAUAUGUUGGAGAGUUGGUACUAA